CCGUUCUUCUGUCACUGCUGCAAAAACUCAUACUUUCUCUAUCUUCUCUGCAAUUCGGAAAGAUGGCUGCGUCAUCGUCAUCGUCAUCGUCAACGUCCACAGCCGGCGGGGUAACAGGGAGAAGGGGGAUACCAGCUGCAGCAUUCGUAGAAGACGUGCAAACUUAUCUGACCGAAUCGGGUCUGGAUGUCAACUCUUCUCUUGCCUUCCUCCAAGAAAGACUUCAGCAGUAUAGGGUGGUUGAGAUGAAACUUCUUGCUCAGCAGAGGGAGCUUCAGGCAAAGAUUCCUGACAUUGAGAAGUGCUUAGACAUAGUUUCCACUUUGCAAGCUAAGAAGGGUGCUGGUGAGGCACUGAUUGCUGAUUUUGAAGUGUCAGAAGGCAUCUAUUCCAGGGCUUGCAUUGAGGAUACUGAUUCUGUGUGCCUAUGGCUGGGUGCAAAUGUGAUGCUGCAGUACUCAUGUGAAGAGGCCGCUGCUCUUCUACAAAAAAACUUGGAAAACGCUAAAGCCAGUUUAGAAGUUCUUGUUGCUGACCUACAAUUCUUAAGGGAUCAAGUGACAAUUACACAGGUCACAAUUGCUCGUGUGUACAACUGGGAUGUUCAUCAACGCAGACUCCGGCAAGCCACUGCUGCCAAAGAGUCGUGAGAUAAACUUGCACUGCACCAGGUAAGUGGGGGUGGAGUUCGCCUUUUCCGGUCAAGAAUAUGGUCCGGAUCUCUCUUAUUUAUCUUUUUGGAUGAAUCAUCCUUUGUUUUGGGAUAGAACAUACAUUAAUGAAAGAAGUAUUAGAAUGUUCUCACACAUUUGAGCUUUUGGCUCCAAAUUUUGUAAGAAAAACUCGCAGUACUUGGACCGGUUUUGAUGUACAAGUAGUUUGUUAGGACUUCAGCUGUAAAAUUAUGAUUGUUGAAAUUUGUUAUAAUUUUGGCUGUAUGGUGGGCUCUGUGUGGUG